UAUUUAUUGGAAAAAAAGAACUUGGAGGAGAGUUUAGACGGAAAAAACAUAACCAAAAAAGAAAGGAUUACAAUUCUUGGGGCUACUAGUGGUGAUACUGGAAGUGCAGCGAUUUAUGGAUUACGAAAUAAAAAAGAUAUUUCUGUAUUUAUCCUACAUCCCCGAGGCAAAGUGUCACCCGUGCAAGAAGCUCAAAUGACCACCGUAUUGGAUAAGAAUGUUCAUAAUCUUGCAGUCGAAGGAACUUUUGAUGAUUGUCAG